GUAAAAAUAAAGCUGCGUGCAACUCAAAUUCCGCGUUCGUCCCAAUGAUUUUGAACACUUGAAGCCGCCUGUUACAGUGAUACGGAGUACAAGUGAAGUUCGUAACAAGUGGAACGAAUGGCUGCCACAGGAGGAACUCUAGUGGUGGCCGCUAUUGACUUUGGUACUACCUAUUCUGGAUGGGCGUUUUCAUUCAAAAAUGAAUUUGAGAUGGAGCCAACGAGGAUCGGUUCAAAAACAUGGACUGGUGGCAAGUUAUCAUCCCCAAAAGCACCCACGUGCAUACUAAUCAGACCAGAUGGAAAGACGCUGGAAGCAUUCGGCUUUGAAGCUGAAUCGCGCUACAGCGAAUUAAGCGAGUCAGAAGCGUACAAGUUUUGGUACUACUUUAGACGAUUUAAAAUGUCAUUAUGGAAUAAGCCGAUUCACAAAGACAUGAUGCUGACGGACGAAACUGGUCGUGAACUGAGUGCCUUGCAUGUGUUUGCACUGUCUAUAAGAUUCAUGAAAGACGAUCUGUCAAAAGUAAUUGAACAUCGAGUAGCUGGCUAUAAGGAAGAUGACAUUACCUGGGUACUUACCGUGCCAGCAAUUUGGGAUGAUUCGGCAAAACACUUUAUGAGAUUAGCGGCGGAACAGGCCGGAAUAUCGGCUGACAAACUGAUGCUUGCGCUCGAACCAGAGGCGGCUUCUCUUUACUGUAGACACCUUCCUGUACAAAUAGAUGGGGAGUCUAGUCUGUCUACGUUUCAUGCUGGACAAAAAUAUUUAGUUUUAGAUGCAGGAGGAGGAACGAUCGAUAUCACAGUGCAUGAGGUGUGCGAUGUCGACAGCAUCAAGGAGAUUCAUCAUGCGAACGGUGGAGACUGGGGAGGAACGAUGAUUGACAGAGAAUUUUUGAAUUUUCUUUGCACUAUAACAGAUACAGCGGUUAUAGGGCAAUUUAGAGAGAAUCAUAUGGAAGACUAUAUUGACCUGCUACAGGACAUUGAAAACAAAAAAAGAGCUUUAGAUACGAAAACUCGUAGAGUGACAAUCAAAAUACCAUUAGUACUGUCGGAUCUUACGAAAGAUAUGACAGGACAGUCGAUAAAUGAGAAUAUACAAAAGUAUGGUUAUGGAACGCAGUUGAGCCUGGUCGGAGACAAACUGCGUCUGGAGGCGGAUUUCGUACGUUCAUUCUUCCGUUCAUCGGUGUCGAAAAUAACUGAGCAUUUAUCCAAAUUGCUGCGCAUGCCUGAAUGUGUUGGCGUUGAAGUCAUUCUGAUGGUAGGUGGUUAUUCGGAGUCAAUACUUCUCCAGGAAACUAUCAGGCAGUGGUUUUCUGAUUAGAAAAUCUUUGUUCCACCAGAGGCAGGACUUGCGGUUCUAAAAGGGGCAGUCAUAUAUGGACAUUGUCCGAAAGCUAUUUGUGAGCGCAUUUCAAAGUAUACAUACGGUAUUAAGACAUCGGAAAUCUUCGAUAAGUCAAAGCAUCCUAUGUCAAUGCUUUCAGUCACUGACACUGGUGAAUCCAUAUGUAAAAACACGUUUUCCAUCAUUGUGAGAGCUGGUGAUAAGCUUGUCCUUGGUGUAGAGCAGGUGGAACGAACGUACCGUGUAAUGUCGUAUGAUCAGAAAAUCAUGUUUUUACCAGUUUUUAUCACGACUGCCGAAGAUCCCAAGUAUACGACGGAUGUUGGGUGCACACAGAUUGGCACAGUUAUGAUCCCACUGGCCGGACUUGGAAAGAAUCGAUCGGUUUUGGUGCGCAUGUUUUUAGGUGGCACGGAAAUAAUUGUUGAGUGCGUGGAAGAAGCUACCGGCAGAAUAACACGUUUAUAUACAGACUUCUUGAUGUAGUUCCGAUUAUUUGCUCACCAGCAUGUUUGCGAUAUGCAAAUAUUUGUUUUGUGGUACACGACAUAAAUGUUUAUUCACCUUUAGGGACAUUAUUAAAGCUUGCUAUAUAUUGUGUCGUUUUGAGUUUAUAAUUUUUUUUCUCGCACAUGAUUUUAUUUUAUUUUCAAGCUGCAUGUUUCUUCUUAUCGAAUUGUUGAUCAGAAGUACUGAAAUCUGAAAGACCUACAAUUACUGCAAUGCAUGAUGUUGUUGUUGAAAUAAGUUUAUCAAAUAAAUUUGGACGGAUCUUUGUACUACGAUUCUUCUAAACCUGUGGACAUUCAUAUAGAGGAACAAAUGUUUGUUAAAACGUAUUGUUUGCUAAAAUGUCAAACCAUUCACACGCCCUGAACGUGUUAAUUGUUAAUGCAGCUGCAGCAUUAGCAAAAUAUUCUUAAUUAACGUUAUCAAUAAGAUAUGCACUUUAUACAACUUAAAGUUGAAUGCAUUGUGGUCAGGUAUCAUAUCUAAAAAGUUCAAAUAUUGUGGCAAAUGUGGUGCAUAUAUUUACUGAAUAAUAAAUACUAAGUUUAUCAAUUACAUUUUAUAAAAUCGUUAUUAAAGGGGCUUUUUCACGUUUGGGUCAAUUGACAAAAUUGAAAAAAAUUGUUUCAGUUUCGCAAAUUUUCGUUUUAGUUAUGAUAUUUGUAAAGAAACAGUAAUACGUAAAAUUUGCCAUGCACUAAAAUAGCCAUUAUAUGCAUCUUUUGACUAAUUAAAAACUCGAAAAUUAUAAAGCGUUGCGACGCGAAACGAAUUUAUAAUUUAGAGAGUUCUGUUGUUGUCGUUAAAUUUUGUGAAACUACUAGGAUUGCUUAUAUUAAGUAAAAAAUACGUCUUGCAUUGUAUCCGGAAGGAUGGCCGAGUGGUCUAAGUGGUAGACUUUUUACUGCAAGACUCCAGGGCUCCAGGGGUCAGUGGUUCGAGCCCUGCGGGGGUUAGCUUUUUUAUCUGUUUUAUUUUAUUCGUGAUUUUUUACUGGAGCUUUUUAAAUCUAAUGUUUACAUUUAUCAAUAUAAAGCAUUUAAUGACAGACUUCAAAAUAUGUGAAAAGGCCCCUUUAACCCAUUUAUGCCUAGUGGACUCUCCCAUCCUUCUAAAUUGAAUCAAUUUAUUUCCAAAAUUAGAGAGGUCUAGUAUAUUUCUUUCUAUAUUUAGAAUAUUUCUUACAGAAAUUCCUUUAAGCAAACAGUGUCUCAUCUGGGUCUACGCUGUUUGCAAAGGCCUUUUUGCUCGACGCUAGGCAUAAAUGGGUUAAUGCCAUGAUCCCAAAUGCAUUAUAAUCAAACAAUAUAAACGACGUUUAACGUUUUGCUACAACAUGGUAAGUCUUUUGACUGGUGAGCAACAGGAAAUGUAUUAUAUGUUGAAACGUAAACAAGUAAAUAUAUGAUUUAUAAUGGCCCAGCCAAAUUUAUUUUGAAGACAAGUCAAUGAGAAAUAUACUAUCUUAUCAUCUUAUGUCUAUACGGAAUAAAAUUGUGUGUAUCGUUAAGGAUUAUAUUCUCAUAUAGAUUUUCAUAUUAGAAAUAAAAUUUAGCCCUGAA